CCCCCAGCUCCACCCGCCGCCGCUGAAGAGGGCGUGACAGGGCCGGGUAGGGGGUGCAAAGGGAGCGGCGAGGUGGCGGCCAGGGCUUGCGAACAAAAUGGCGCCGGCGGUGAGGGGGCUGAAGAACCUGGUGUGGCAGAGGCUAAAAUCAUUGAUAUUUGAUGACUGCAGAAAAGAUGAUGAAUGGAAGGUAAUUCUUUUAGAUGAGUACACUACUAAAUUACUGUCACUGUGCUGCAAAAUGAGUGAUCUACUGGCAGAGGGAAUCACGGUGGUAGAGAAUGUAUAUAAAAACCGUGAGCCCGUCCCACACAUGAAAGCAAUAUAUUUCAUAACUCCCACCAAAAAGUCUGUAGAUGGACUUAUUGAUGACUUCAUCACUAAAUCAUCGAGCAGAUACAAAGCAGCAUAUGUGUAUUUCACUGACUUUUGUCCUGAUAACCUCUUCAAUAAAAUUAAGUCUUCCUGUGCAAAAUCAAUCAGGAGAUGCAAGGAGAUCAACAUUUCCUUCUUCCCCUAUGAGUCUCAGGUAUUUACUCUCAAUAUCCCAGAUGCAUUCUAUCGCUGUUACAGUCCAACUCUGGAAAAGACAAAGGAUAAAGAUGCUGUCAUGGAAGUGAUGGCUGAACAAAUUGUUACCUUGUGUGCCACACUAGAUGAGAAUCCAGGAGUGCGAUACAAAAGUGGACCAUCUGAUAAAGCCAGCAAACUUGCACAGCUUGUUGAAAAGAAUCUUGAAAACUACUACAGAACUGAUGAGAGAAGCCAAAUAAAGGCUAAAACCCACUCCCAACUAAUAAUACUUGAUCGUGGCUUUGACCCAGUGUCAACUGUACUUCAUGAACUCACUUUCCAGGCAAUGGCAUACGAUUUGAUACCAAUUGAAAAUGAUACUUACAAGUACAAAACAGAAGAAGCUGCUGGCAAGGAACGGGAGGCAAUUCUGGAGGAAGAUGAUGACCUCUGGGUGAAGAUUCGGCACAAGCACAUUGCAGAUGUGAUAGAGGAAGUACCAAAGCUUUUUAAAGAAGUUGCAGCAAAAAGAAAAGCAGCAGAAGGGAAAUUAUCAGUAUCUGCUCUGGCCCAGUUAAUGAAAAAGAUGCCGCACUAUCGAAAAGAGAUUAGUAAGCAAGCUGUCCAUCUUAACUUAGCAGAAGACUGCAUGAAGAAGUUCAAAUGUAAUGUAGAAAGGCUCUGUAAAACUGAACAGGACUUGGCUCUUGGAACUGAUGCAGAAGGUCAAAAAGUGAAAGAUUCAAUGAGAGUCCUUCUGCCAGUUUUGCUCAGCAAAAGUCAUGAGAGCUAUGACAAAAUUAGAGCUAUUCUCCUGUAUAUCUUUAGCACAAAUGGAACUACCCAGGAGAACUUGGACAAGCUGAUCCAGAAUGUACAAAUAGAAAGUGAUAGUGAUAUGAUACGAAAUUGGAAAUACCUUGAUGUUCCUGUUAUUGCUUCACCUGCUGCUCAGCAGCAUAAAUACCCAAGAAGGGACCGUUCGUCAGAAGAAACUUAUCAACUUUCUAGGUGGACGCCUGUUAUCAAAGAUGUCAUGGAGGAUGCUAUAGAGAACAAACUAGAUUCAAAAGACUGGCCUUAUUGUUCCCCAUGUCCUCCUACCUGGAAUGGUUCAGGAGCAGUAAGUGCACGCCAGAAACCUAGAGCGAGUUACCAAGAUGAGCGUAAGAAUAGCGCACGGCUGAUAAUAUUUGUCAUUGGGGGAAUUACAUAUUCUGAGAUGCGCUGUGCUUAUGAGGUUUCUCAAGCCUACAAGUCCUGUGAAGUUGUUAUUGGUUCUACUCAUAUUCUUACACCUAAAAGACUACUGGAUCAAGUCAAGAGCCUUAGUAAACCGAAGGAUAUGGUCUCCAUUAAGAAUGAAUAGAAAUUGUGGUGUUUAUGAUGUAUUUAGGAAGACAUGACUUGUUGGGGAAGACACAUAAUAUGUCUAUAGUCUUAUGGAACUGACUUUUCACAACAUGUUUCUGACUAAUGGAAUGUUAUAAUUUAAAUUUGCUGCUUUUUAGGGACUAGAAGACAGGGGAAAAAAACCACUUAUGUUUAAGUCGUAUUUAUUAUCAACAGUGUUACACUGUAAGUGCUUUUUCAAAAGGGCAUGUUAAUUUCUAGCAAAUUAUGCUAAAAGCUAUUGUGAUUAUAUAUAAACUAGAAUUGUUUUUGAGAACUGUGAAGCCUUUCUAUAAUAGAGUAUAUUUCUAAAAAUAACUAAAUAAAAAAGGGCCUAGGUUUGUAGGUAAAGGCUUCAGAAGAAAAUUUGUAAAUAAGAGCUUAAUGUAAAAAUAUUUCACACAAAUUUAAUGUCUCAAACUGUAAUU